UGGAUGUGCGGGAUGUCAGUGGUUGUGGAGUUUCCCCUGCACACGCCCAUCGGGACGGAGAGUGAGUUUUUCAUUAAUCAGCACGAUGAGUCCGUUCAUCAGUCAGUCAGUCACCAUGAGCCGAGACAAACUCAACAUCAUCACCGCUGUAAUCCUCAUUCUCUCCCGAUCCUGCAACGCAAACAGCAAACUCCUGCUCUUUCUGAUCGAUGGAUUCCGUUAUGAUUACAUGGACGAUUUACAAAACAUGGCCGGAUUUAGAGCGAUCGUGGAAAACGGUGUGAAAGUGGAUUACAUGACUCCAGAUUUCCCCAGUCUGUCCUAUCCAAACUAUUACUCUCUCAUGACAGGACGCUAUUGUGAGGUGCAUCAGAUGACUGGAAAUUACAUGUGGGAUAAGGACUCCAUGAAGGAAUUCCUGAUCGGAACGAAUCCGGACAGCCGUCUGCCCCUUUGGUGGGAUGGCUCAGAGCCACUGUGGGUGACCAUGCAGAAACUUGGAAAGAGAGUUUACAUGUAUUUCUGGCCUGGUUGUGAAGUGUCAAUUCUUGGGGUGAGACCUACAUUCUGUGAGGAAUAUGUCUACAAUCCUUCAGAGAAGAACCUGACUGACUCUAUGGAGAGCGCUCUCAGCAUGUUAAAGAGCAAUAAAGCAGACAUGGCUGCGAUUUAUUACGAGAAGAUAGAUGUGGAAGGACAUCAUUACGGGCCUCAAUCUAUUCAAAUACAGCGUGCCGUACAUUCACUGGACCAGGCUUUCCAAACCCUCAACCGCAAAAUCAAGGAGAAGAAUAUGAGAGAUGAGUUAAAUGUUGUCCUGUUCUCUGAUCAUGGGAUGACCGAGCUCAAGUGGAUGGAGAAAGUCAUUGAACUGGAAAAAUACAUUGACAUGUCCAACAUCAUCAAGAUGAUGGACAGAGGGCCAGUGGUCAGUCUGUGGCCCAAACAGGACAAGUUUGAGGAGAUAUAUCAAAACUUGAGCACAGUGGACAACAUGAAUGUUUACAAGAGGCAAGAAAUCCCAGACCGCUACCACUAUAAGAAUGGGAGGUUUGUCUCUACGCUAACACUUGUCGCAGAGCCCGGAUGGUUUAUCACUGAGAAUAAAGCCAAAUUGCCCUUCUGGAAAAACAGCACCAAAGAGGCAGAGGGUUGGCAGCACGGUUGGCACGGUUACGAUAAUGAGUUUUUGGACAUGAGGGGAAUUUUUCUGGCACAAGGACCAGACUUCAAGACGAACUACCGCGCUGCUCCCAUUCGAACAGUGGAUGUGUAUAAUGUUUUGUGCAGGACGUUGGGGAUCGAACCUCUGCCCAACAACGGCUCGUGGUCUCGAGUGGAGUGUAUGCUGAAGAACUCGGCGGCCACUGUACGACCCGCUCUGAUCUACAGCUGGAUGCUGAUGCUGCUGACCCUGUCUAUGCUGCUCUAGAACUCUCUAUGACUGCAUUUUCACACUGAAGCACUGCACAAAUCAUAUCAGGCUGAAGAGAAGAUUGCAAAAGAGAAUAUCUGAAACACGUUAUAGGGUGUUAGAGUGUGUACCAUAGCACCGGAUACUUUCUUUUCAUCAGCUUUUUGCUGCACUGCCUCUAUUUUCGAGUUGUUAAUGUCACUGAAUGCUGGCGCAAUAGAAGAAUUGAUUGUGAUGACAUUGGAUGAACCAACUUGCACGUUCAAUAUACUGAGAUUAACACUGGUGGCCAAAAGUUUGGAAUAAUGUACAGUUUUUGCUCUUAUGGAAAGAAAUUGGUACUUUUAUUCACCAAAGUUACAUUCAACUGAUCACAAUGUAUAGUCAGGACAUUAAUAAUGUGAAAAAUUACUAUUACAGUUUGAAAAAAAAAAAACUUAAACUACUUCAACAAGUUCUCAUCAAAAAAUCCUCCACGUGCAGCAAUGAGAGCUUUGCAGAUCCUUGGCAUUGUAGCUGUCAGUUUGUCCAGAUACUCAGGUGACAUUUCAACCCACACUUCCUAUAGCACUUGUCAUAGAUGUGGCUGUCUUGUCGGGCACUUCUCACACACCUUACAGUCUAGCUGAUCCUACAAAAGCUCAAUGUAGUUAAGAUCCAUAACACACUGGGGCCUGGGUAGCUCAGUGGUAAAGACACUGGCUACCACCCCUGGAUUUCACUAGUUCGAAUCCCAGGGUGUGCUGAGUGACUCCAGCCAGGUCUCCUAAGCAACCAAAUUGGCCCGGUUGCUAGGGAGGGUAGAGUCAUACGGGAUAUCCUCCUCGUGAUCACUAUAAUGUGGUUUACUCUCAGUGGGGCGCAUAGUGAGUUGUGUGUGGAUGCUGUGGUGGAUGGCAUGAAGCCUCCACACACGCUAUAUCUCCACAGUAACACUCUUUUCCAAUUAUCUGUUGUCUGAUAUCUGUGUUUCUUUUCCCACUCUAACCUUUUCUUUUUGUUUUUCUGUUUCAAAAGUGGCUUUUUCUUUGCAAUUCUUCCCAUAAGGCCUGCACCCCUGAGUCUUCUCUGUACUGUUGUACAUGAAACUGGUGUUGAGCGGGUAGAAUUCAAUGAAGCUGUCAGCUGAGGACAUGUGAGGUGUCUAUUUCUCAAACUAGAGACUCUGAUGUACUUAUCCUCUUGUUUAGUUGUACAUCUGGGCCUUCCACAUCUCUUUCUGUCCUUGUUAGGAGUGAUGGCUUUUGGAAAUGGGGUCUGUCUAGAUUUGAUCAAAAAUGACAUUUUUUCAAAUAGUGAUGGUGUUUUUUACAUCAGUAAUGUCCUGACUAUACUUUGUGAUUAGCUGAAUGCCACUUUGGUGAAUUAAAGUACCAGUUUCCUUCUGAAACAGCAAAAUCUGUACAUUAUUCCAAACUUUUGGCCGCCAGUGUAUAUUUUAGAAAGAUAAGAUCUUUUAUUCUAUAAUAUUCUCCAUGUACUUCAUCUGUUCAUUCAUUUCUUUCUAUUGUUUUGAUUUUGUCUCUGUACACCCAGUUAAUCUGUCUGUGUUGGUUUUUAUAACACAGAGAAAACCUUUCUUUUAUCUUUUUCUGAUACUGUAAAAUCAAAUUGUUUCACCAGUUUAGCCUCUCUGUCAAGAUUUUUGUAAGGCAUUACAUGUGUUAUUUGAUUAUUACAGUUUUUAUUUCUAUAACAAUAAUACCUUCCUUUAGUACAGGGCUUGCACUAAUUUUUUCUAAAUAAAAGAGACUUUUCCUCAUACUAUCUCCAGGACAGUUGAGUAAGACUCAUUUUUCCGUCUGUUUUUAUAGUUUCAUCAUUCAUUGAUUGAUUGAUUGAUUACAGGUUCAUGUUCAGUGUGCUAUUGUAUUUAUAUUUUUAUUUACAGUGGUACUCCUAUUCUCUUUCAGUAUGGAAUAAAUAAAUAAACAAAUAAAUAUA